CUGACAGUGUACACACUGAGGUGGAGGAUCUUUCUUCAAGAUAAAUGAAUAGGUCAAAUACAUGUCCUGGCACUCUUCAAGAUAAGCACCUGGGCUUCUAAGUACUGGCACAAUGCUGCCGUCAUUGAUGAAAAAACUGUCGAGGACCUUAUCACUCACAAGGUCAUCUUCAACUCCAGAUAAAGACAAACAGUCCACUAUGCUCCGAAAGGAACGCAGUAAUAAAGCAGAAGAUUGUGUUCCUCGAUCACCCAAAGAACUGUCACUAAGACGCCAGACAACACAGACUUUGACUGAUGACUCAGGAACUUUGUUUCGAAAGUCAUCAAAGCAUUUGGAAACUUCAAAGAUGGAGAGACCGCCCUCAAAAAGGAUCAGAAUGAUUAAAACGGCAUCAGGAUCUUGGGAAAAAUCAGUGAAAAUGUCCACUAGAAGUCGGAUGGUUUCUAAAACUUUGUCCAAGAGAUUGUCAUCUGCUAGUCGGAUGUCACCACAUGCAGUGAAUAUUGUAAGAGCUCAAUCCUCAGGAUCUUGUCAGAUGUCUAAGAAAAUAUCCACUGCUGGUAAAAUAUCGUCACAGACAAGCAGUGUAAAAGCACCAUCAAAACAUGUCACCAAAACCUUGUCUAAACAGUUGUCAUCUGCCAGCCAAACGUCAUCACACACACAUAGUGCAGAACAGAUUGUCAAAACCGUAUCUAAAAGGUUGUCGUCUGCUGCCAAGUCCUCAUCACAUACCUCAAAGAUAGCAGCAUCAGGCAGAAAACCAUCUUGUUCAGUUAAAACCACUGCGGGAAGGAAAGAAAAAGUGCUUUGGUAUCUUCGUGAGACAUAUGUUACAGUGAGAAAUGAUGAGGGAGGUUGGUUUUUAUGCCGUCUUGCUCAAAAGGCCUACAAUACGUCAAAAAGCGUCCAGAUUCGAUGGCUGUCUGUUAGGACUGGACAAGGUGGAGAUGAAAACACCUACAAGCUUGACUAUGCUGAUGAGAUUGAUCCAGGCUGCAUUCUGUUGAAUGUUCGAGUUGAGCGAACUGGAUCUAGAUAUCACUUGCUACCUGCUGACAAACUUGAGACAGACAGACUGGCCACACUUGCAAAUCGCAUUGCCAAAGGGGAGGCCACUAUGGAUGAGUUGGAUAGUGAUGUGGAAGAAGUGAUUCAAAUUGAACCACCUCCAGCAAAGAAGAGGAAGCUUGAUUCAGCAUCUGAGAAGAAAAAGAAAAGAGACACUACAAGAGGUAAAAAAGAACAGAAAAAUAAGAAAGAGCGAAAGAAAAAGGAACCCAAAGAGAAAAAGCAAAAGAAGGAAACUGGAGGAAAAGGGGAACCCAAGAGGAAGAAGCCCACUAAAAAGGAACUGGAGCUGAUGCUACAUCCUAAACCUAAUAUCAAAGUACAGGAGAAAGACAUUUUCUUUGAAACUAACACUCCUGUGCCCUUUGUGUCCAAGUAUGCUCAUUCAAAGCUGGCAUUUCGUGCAGUUAUAAUGAAAAAUACCAAAUUGCUGAAGAAACUCCUCAAAGAUAAUGUGAACAUUUAUAAGCUUUAUCAUAACCGCAGUGUUAUGGUGACGAGAAAUGCCUUAAUGGAAGCCAUCAUCCAGGACAACAGAGAAGCUGUAGAUUUGUUGAUGAAAGACUAUUUCUUCGAUGUGUACAAGGAUCGCCUGAAAAACAACUUUCCUGAUAAGAUUCUAAUUAACAAGAUGGAUACAGGAAUGUACAAUUUCCGUUCUCUUGGACUUCAACAUGUUAGACAAGUUAUGGCUGGCAGAGGCAGUCGGGAAGGAAACAAUGCUCUUAUCAAGGAUUUGUCAGACAUGGAGCGUCAAGGGUAUUUCAUUGGUGAAACAAUAUACAUUAGCUUUGCAAUCAAGCAUGGCGCAGACUUUGACCUGAUCAAGAUGUUGAGCAGAGGGUUCGAAGAUGAUAAACAAAUGUGCCAGCUUAAUGCAGUUCAGGCACUGGAAGAUAGUAUGGUGUAUGGCCACCAUUUGCUAGCUGCCAAAUUUCUUCAAAGAGAAUUUGAAGGAUACAGAGCUCGUUUUUCAAAGUUGCAUCUGGAGGUACUUAAGGCUGGUGAGGAAGAUGAAAUCAGUUGUUCUCCUUAUCAAGUGAGAGCCAUCCUAAAGUCAUAUGGCAAAAUAAGUCCAGUGCACUGUGCUGCAAUCAACCCUAACAAGAAGCAUUUGGAGGAGUUGCUUUCUGUGGAGUCCGACUAUCAUUCCGUAGAUCGAAAAGGUCGUCGACCUGUACACUUUGCUGCUGCAUGUUCAAGCACUGGACCACUAGAGUAUCUUUUGGACCGCGGUGCUGAUCUGUUUGAUACCGAUAGCCAGGGACAGACGCCACUGUUCUACGCAAUCAGGGCCAACAGACCUCACAAUGUGGCGCUACUUCUAGAGACGGCCAACAAGGAUCACAGCAGCAUGUUUUCAGACCCAGCAGCAGCUAAGUUUGGAGUUGGGAGAGUGAACAAGCCGAACAAGAGUGAAAAAGCACCAAUCCAUGUUGCUGUUGAAGAAGGCUACAUGGACAUUGUUAAAGUUCUCUUAAAACAUGGUGCAAAGGUUGACCUUCCACAGGCCGUGUCAAAGUUCAAGGUGACCCCACUGAUGAUUGCUUCUGGCUGUGGACAUCUACCAUUGGCCAGGUUUCUAGUACAACAGGGUGCCACUGUGCAGCUCAGAGAUCGACUUGGAAGAAGUUCUGUGAUUCAUGCUGCAAUGAAUGGAAGCAGCAAUGUUCUUUCUUACCUUCUCAACAUUGGAGCAGACCCACAUAGGGGAGACAAUUCUACAAACACCCCCUUACAUUAUGCAAGUGCCUAUGGUUGGUACUUCUGUGUUAAGUUGUUGCUGGAAGCUGGAGCAAAUGCCAAUGUUGCAAAUGAUUGGAAGACUACUCCUACGUCAAUUGCUUACAUGAAAGGCCACCUUGGUAUUGUGAACCUGUUGCUUACAGAGGCUGGUGUUGAUACCAACUUUCAAGAUGAUCAGGGAAUGACUCUGCUUUCCACUGCGUGUUCAAGUGUCCUGUACAGUGAACUGUAUGACCAGAUCAUCUACCUUGUUGAAGACAAUGGUGCUGUCUGUACUCUGCAUGAUGUCAGUGGAAACACACCACUCCAUCAUCUGGCUAGCAGUAGCAUUCUCCUUGAUGGUGAUGAACAGAACCCACUACCAUGUGAAGAAUCUAUGGACACUAGUGUGAAAAUUGCCAAGGUACUAUUGGAAAAUGGCUGCGAUCCUAUGGCUCUGAAUGAUUCCAAACAAAGUGCAAUGGAUCGGUGUAUUAAGACAGGUAAUAUCAAGCUGAUAGAAUAUCUCAUCAACAAAGGUUGUACGUUGAAGUCGGAACCUGACGAAUCAAACAGCACUCUUUUGCACUCCAUGGCAACUGAUCUGAUGAACUCCCUUGAUAUGCUGGCCAUUCUGAAGGUCUUCGAUAAACAGAAAGUUGGUGUAAAUGGUGUGACUCAGGAUUUCCAUGGAAUGUUUUGCAACAUGGCCAAGGUGGUUGACAACAGUGGACUUGUGCCCAUUAUUCUUGCUUGCAGGACAUAUGCUCACUGUCAGAAAUGUUCAUACAGAAGCAGCGAGAAGAGUGAACAAGAGGCAGUGACAGCACUGUGGCAGUGUGGGCGAGAUUUCAUCAAGUUUCUCAUCAAUGACCUCAAGUCGGAUGUCAGUGCCUUUGUGCACAAAAAGCACGAUGCAGAAAAUGAAAAGGACCAGGACCUUCAUGAUGGUUUGAAGUCAGUGGUGCAUUACCUAGCUGACGUUGACAGGUGUGAGUAUGGAAACCUACGAGAAGACAGCGACCCAGUGUAUCCAUGUUUGCGGAUGAUACUAAAGUACAAACCAGAUGUUAAUGUCAGAGAUAUUGAAGGCCAUACACCACUGACACAUGCUGUGCAGAGGGGUAAAGAAAUCCCAGCAGAAAUAUUGUUGAUGGAAGGCAAUGCAGAUCCAGACAGUUUCUAUAUGACAACCAUAAAGGAAAAAAUAAUUAAUCUUCCAGUAGUAAUUCUGGCUGCUGUGGAUGGCAACCACAAGAUGAUGGAAUGUUUGAUUAGGUGUGGAGCAGACGUGAACGCUAUGGACCCUCGAGACCAAUCAUCAAGCCUGCACCAUGCCAUCACCAUGGGACAUGGAUCAGAAGCCACUAUGAAGAUGCUGAGUAUACUGGUAGAUGGAGGGGCCACAGUGAACAUGGUGGAUGACCACAAGAGAACGCCGCUACAUCUCGCUGUAAACCUCAAUCCAGGACACAUGGACAGCAAUUUUGACAUUGAAAUUUUCCUCAUGAAACACCAAGCCAAUCUGAAUCUCCUAGAUAUUCGAGGAAGACUGCCAUUGCACUAUGUGUUUGUCAAGAGGAAAAAUCACUCUGACAGUUCUGAAGAUGACCCAGUUGAUCUGUGUCGUUUAAUCGUCAGUAAUAUGAAGGCCUCUGAACUCAAUGUCAAGGACAAGUUUGGCCAGACAUGCCUACACAGAGCAGCUUUCAAGGGAGGUAAAAUCAGCUGCAUGUACUUGAUGCAGAAAGGAUUGAAGAUUGAUGUAAAAGAUAAUGAUGGCAACACACCUUUAGCAAUGGCCAUGUUGGGUUCCCAUGACAGCUGUGCUGCAAUACUCAUUCAAAAUGGGGCAUCAGUAAAAGACCCCAUAUACAAAGUAACUGGCAAGCAAACUAUGCCUGAUCAUUCAGACAGUGAAAAUGAAUCUGACAUAGAUGAGGAUGAGCAUGAUGGAGCCCGGAACAAGAACGAAAAAGUUGAACAAAAACCUGUUUGGAAAUGGAAGCCAUUGCAUCAGUCAAAAGUGGUAGAAGAUUCCGAAAAAACUCCAUUGUUUGAGAUGGCAGUCAGAGAGGAGAUGCAAGGAGUGUGUUUUCUUGUCAGUGAGAAGUCUGGGGUCAAAUUGGCUGAUGCUGUUGAGAUUGGGUUGAAACUUCAGAAAUAUAAUGUAGUGUUGAGACUCAUUUCAACGACUGUUAACCUUGCACCGCUAAAGGAAAAACGCAAACAUGGACGAAAUUUGCUUCAUAUACUUGCACUCACUACAUUGAGAUUUGAUCAUCUCACUGAAAAGGUUGUAGACGCUCUGGUUAAUGCAGGUGUCAGACUUGUCGAAAAAGAUGACUAUGGUUGCACUCCUCUUCUGUAUGCUUCUCUCAACAGGUUAUUUAACCAUGGAAGAUAUUUUCUAAAAACUGAGGAUGUUUACAGGCCUAAGUACAAGGAUUUGUUCAAUCGCAGUGUUUUGGCAGUGUCUUUGUGGAAGGGACUGCCCAGGAAUACAACUGAUAUUGAGUCAUGGAUACUUGAACUGUUGCAGAAGAAGGGCAGUUUGAAUGAGUUGUUUGACUACCCAAUACCUGACUACAACCUGUUUGGAGAGGCCCAACUGCUGUCCGAACCUGACUAUUGGCAAAAGUACCCACAGAAUGAGAUCUCACCCCUCAUCUUUGCAAUCAUGCAGGAAAAAUUUGACUUCACAAAGUGGUUGCUAAACAACGGAAGUAAUCCAAACCUUUGUGAUAACAAAAAACUUACACCACUGAUGUAUGCUGCAAAAGUUAAUGAUCUUAACAUAGUAAAAGUAUUGCUGAAUUCUACAUUUGACCCAAAUGCUACAGAAGAGCCCGCUAAACCAGCAAAACCACUAAGAGAACAAUCUGCUGUAAAACGAAAACUACACGGCCGCACAUUCCAGUUGAAAAAGAAUACAUUAGAUGAGAACUCUUCAGAAGAAUCUUCAUCUGAGGAGGAGGAAAAACAGAAGGAACCACAGGAAAAAGAGAAAUCACCAGAAAUGAAGACCGUACAGAAGACGAGCUCCGUGAAUGUGAACCUGUGUGACAUGAAUGGGUGGACCGUGCUGCAUCACAUCGCCUGUCCUCUGAACAACGGCAGCUUUGACAAUGAUGAGAUGGUGUUCGUCUUACACAAGGUAGGACUACGACUGAACACCAGGAACAAAGAUGGCAACACAGCACUUGACCUUGCCCUUAGGAGUGGUGCAGCCAAGGUUGCCAGGAUGAUCCAGACACUUAACAACGUGGAUGAAGAGGACAUGAAGUCACUCAAGCUGCAACAGUUUUCUGUGAAUGAUGGUGUCACAUGGACCAGUCCUCCACCAUCUUUGCAUGACGAUGUUGAUGCAGUAAUGCAGAGCUUGGUGGAUGAACCCAUGGAAGUUGAUGACGAAUUUAUUCCACAAAUAAGCCCACAUUGCAAUGUGACCAAUGGAACUCUUGCAAAAGAUGGUGAUCAAGGAAUUGUAUACAGUGCUCUUUUGACCAAGGUAGAUGUCAAACAAGGACCAUAUGGCCUGUACAAUUUCUACCAACUUCAGCUUGUUUACCAGCCAGGAAAAGACCUGUACAUCCUCUUUACAAGGUGGGGUCGUAUUGGUGAUGAAGGCCAGUUCCAGCAUACACCUUACCAGGAGAGAGAAGAUGGUAUUAAGGAGUUCUGUAAAGUGUUCAAAGAGAAAACCGGAAACAAGUGGUCUGAUGUGAAAGAUUUUAAAUGGCAACCCAAGAAAUACCGCCUUAUUCCAGAAAGUAUGCAGAGACAGGCUAGCAAACAGAAGGACAUAGAAUUUGAACACAAGUCAUCUGUACGAUCCAAGCUACCCAAACAUCUUUACGAGCUCAUGAAAGAACUGACAAAUGUUAAAUCCAUCAAGGCUGCUCUGAAUAACGAAGGUAUGGACUUGGAAGUUAUGCCCUUUGGCAAGAUGGACCGUGACUGUCUGCUGAAAGCCAGGAGCAUUCUCGAUGAAAUUGGUGCUUAUAUUAAAGAAGUGCAGGAGUAUCGGCAGAAAUAUGAUGCAGACAAUAGGAUACAGCAAAUUGUAGGAGAAGGAAUGUCAGAAGCUGAGAAGAAGGAAAAGGAAGAAGCAACAUCAAAAUAUCAAUCAAACUGUGAAAAGAUUGCAGCAUUGAGCAGCGAGUAUUUCCAGAUCAUUCCCCAGAAAUCCUAUGCAUUUGAGAGAAUCCUCCCACUGGAUAGAGUCAACGAGUUCAAGAAGCAGAUGACUCUUGUGUCAAACCUUCUCGACUUUGAGGUGGCCAGUAAGAUGCUGCUGGGAGCUAUGUACAGGAAGGAAGAAAUCAAUCCACUGGACUAUAUUUAUCAGACAAUGGGCUGCAAGCUGGAACUGCUAAAAGAAGAUGAUUGGGAGUCUCAGUACAUUCUCAAGUACAUGUACAGUACAACCAAAUCUUAUCAGCAUUCAGUGGAAGCCAUAUAUAGAGUAGAAAUCCCAAGGGGAGGAAAACAGAUGAAGAAGAAGGAUGUUGGUAAUCGUAAACUGCUUUGGCAUGGAAGUGGCCUCGCUAACUUUCUGAGCAUCCUUCAUCGAGGUUUGGUUGUUGCACCUCCUGAGGCGCCGGUCACUGGACAUGCAUUUGGAAAGGGCAUUUAUUUUUCUGACUCGUUUGUAAAGAGUUUUAACUACUGCUGGAGUCCAACUAGAACUCGUCUGAUGUUGCUCUGUGAGGUGGCUCUCGGAAAGCCGAAACUUUUCGUAUCACAACAUAUUGAUACAGAACUGCUUGAAAUGGGCUUUGAUAGUAUCCAUGCUGUUGGAAGUUCCCGGCCAGUUGAAAAACACUCAGUACAUCUCUCAACAGGUGUCGAGAUGCCUUUAGGGAAUUCUGAAUAUAACAGGUUAUAUGUGAAUGGAGAUAUUUGUUCUCUGUCAACCAGUGAGUAUGUCAUAUUUGAUGAGAACCAAGUGUCUGUUCGCUAUCUAAUUCAGUUUAGAGAAUAGUAGGUUUAUAUAAUGGAUGGACCUACAUGUGUAACAAAGGAAUUGCAAAUGGAAAAUGGAUGUUAAAAACUCAAAGAAUAUUGUUGGUGUUGUUAAAUACCACUGGUUUCAGAAGUUGCAAGAGAGCUCUGUUAAAUAGGAAUUCUGCCUGGGAUUGAACUACACUUUAAUAUACAUUUUGAACAUUUUGUUUAACAUCAUCACUAGAGCACAUACAAUUUUUAAUCAUUAUCUAUUAGAUGUCAAACUUUUGGUAAAUUUUGACAUCGUGUUUUAGAGAGGAAACCUACCCCACAUUAUGUAUUGUUGAUGUUAAAUUGAUGUUGUUAAAUGAUGUUGUUUAUGUAUUUCACUAGUGGUACUUUUAAAUAUAAAAUAGAAAGACUAAUUUGACAAGAAACUUUUAUUGACUAACAGUUGUUUUGUUACUGCCUGUUUGAUGUUUGAAUUAAUAAUUGUAGAAUAUUAAACAAUCUUCUGUUUUGUAA